UGCUGCUCCUCCGAUGAUGGCAGUCCGAAAAGCAUGGCGCGGCGGCGGCGGCGGUGUGUUGGCCGUCACGCGCGGGAAUCAGUCUUCACCACUGCGACAGCAGCCUGCAUCAUCGCCGCCGCAUCUGGGUCGCCCCGAGUUUCAGACAUCGGCUGGGUCGGGCGUGCUGCAGGUACAGUACGAGCAACCAGAAAAGCCAUCCUGGUCUGAGCGGCCCCGUGCUACUGCGAGCUCGACAUGUCCAAAUCAGCCGAUGGUGGUACACAAAUGCCUUUUCACUCCACCAAUGGCAUCGAUGCCGCGCAGAUAACAGGCACGGUGGGCGGCGAUGGGGUCGUCGAGCUGGAGCAGCGGCCCUCGUCGAAUGCCAGUCGGAAACCCAAGGAAGAGAGCAAGGAUGGAGGACCCGGGAGCUCCACUUCGACCUCGAGUUCCAACUCGGACGACGAGCUUAUGGACAACUAUGAUGAACUGGAGGUAGAUCCAGACACGCUCAUCGUGAACAGCAGGAGAAGCCUCGACGUCGGUUUGCGACCUUCGAAUGUCACCAUGGGCGACGUCGGUCCAUCGGACGACGACCUGCCUCCCGCGAACCAUGGCAAACGGAACAGCAUACAGAUCAACCUGAAGAAGACGGACCGGAAAGGAAGAUACAUUCUUACCGCCGAUGAUCCCGCGAUUCGCGAAGUCUUGCGUAGAGGUAUUGAGCGCGAGGAAGAAGAGAAGGGGAACAAGAAGCGCAUGCGCUUUCGAGAUCUAGUUUUCACACGUCGCUUCACGAGAUUCGAUCGCCAGAAUCCAUCGAGUUCCGAUAGCCCUUUCUUCGGCUUCUUCACUCUGUUCUGGAUCUGCAUGUUCUUGAUCUUUGUUCAAGUGGCACUGCGGAACUGGCGAGAAUAUGGCAGCGUCCUGGGCGGCAACCAAGUCUUCAAGCUGAUGAUGAGCCGCGACGUUGUGCUGCUGGGAGUGACAGACCUAGCCAUGUGUCUGCUCACCUUGGAGGGACUAUUCCUUCAGAAACUGGUACUGCGCGGCUGGAUCAAAUGGUCACGUACCGGGUGGAUCAUACAGAACAUAUGGCAGGCAGCAUAUCUCGGAGCUGUCAUAGCCUUUGCGUAUUACCGCGAGUGGCCCUGGACACACACCAUCUUCGUAGUACUCCAUGGUCUGGUGUUUCUGAUGAAGCAGCACUCGUUCGCAUUCUACAACGGCUACCUUUCUGGCGUGUACAAGCGGAAACAACUCCUUCGAGAAAAACUGAAGGAGUUGGAAAGACUGGAACCAAUACACUCUCCACCUACAAGUCCAGUGUCGGAGGACAAGGAAUUCCUCACCUCUGCCGUCGACGUCGCUCAGAUGUCGUCUAAUAUGCGGCGCCGUACUUCAUUCGGUCCCAAGACAUCCGUUAAUCUGAAGAGUGAGCAAUCCGACGUGGCAACUGUCGCAAAGGCUAUUGAAUCUGGUCAGCGACUCAGUGCAGAUCAAAUGCAAGUGAUGGUCGCCGUCAUCAACCGCGAGAUUCUAGAGCUCAACAAAGAGUUGCGUGGUAAAGCUGACAGCGAUAGCCUCGCCUAUCCGAACAACUUGACCUUGUACAACUCAGUAGAGUGGAUAUGCCUGCCGACUUUGGUCUACGAGCUCGCCUACCCUCGUCAGGACAAGAUCAAUUGGUGGUAUGUGCUGGAAAAGACGACGGCAACCUUCGGCGUCCUCUGCGUGAUGCAGGUCAUCUCUCAAGGCUUCAUAUAUCCCUUGGUCCGUAAGACGGUCGAUAUGAAAGAAGCCGGGAUGACUUUGGACCAGCGCUGGCAAGAGUUCCCAUUCAUCGUCUCGGACAUGCUCUUCCCGAUGCUCAUAGAGCAGUUGCUCACCUGGUACCUCAUCUGGGAAUGCAUUCUCAACGUCCUCGCCGAGCUCACUUACUUCGCGGACAGAGGCUUCUAUGGCGACUGGUGGAACAGCGUCACCUGGGAUCAAUAUGCGCGAGACUGGAAUCGACCUGUCCACAAUUUCCUCUUGCGACACGUCUACCAAAGCAGCAUCAGCGCGUUCAAGCUGUCGAAGACUGCAGCGACGUUUGUGACCUUCUUACUCAGUGCGUUGGUGCACGAGCUGUGCAUGGCUGUAUUGUUCAGAAAGGUCAGGGGGUACCUUUUCACGAUGCAGUUGAUGCAGAUGCCGCUCGUUAUGUUGAGCAAGACGAAAUUUUUGAGAGACAAGGUCGUGCUCGGCAACGCGAUCUUCUGGUUUGGUUUGUUUAUCGGGCCUAGCUUGCUGACGAGUUUGUAUUUGGUGGUGUAGCAGGACAUGGAGAUUGGAUGCUGAUCAAAAGUAUGAUUGUGUACAGUAGUUGGGCAUGUCUGUAUGACUGUAUGAGGAAGCGUUCAGUAUCAGCCCCGGUGGCAUCGACGAGCGACUGUGGAACGGCCACACUGGGGCUCUCCAAAGCUGGGGGCUUUCGUCAAGCACGCCACUCACACAUACCGCGACAUAAUUCACGCCACCCUUGCCAACACA